UCACGAUUCCAAUAAAAAAGAAACAUGAGUUGAGGAAAAAUACGAAUUAAGUUCCUUUUUCUACCGCGGCUUCUCUCACCAACCAUAGAUAUUACAUCACGAGAAACACACACGCAAUACAAUUAAAAAGCCAGCGUAGUCAGUAGCUUACAGCAGCGCUGCACAGUUCAUCGCGUCGCUCUACUGUGUCGUGGUAUGAAUUUUCAAGGUGCAAACAUGGAAAAAGCCGAGUUUCAGUACGAGCCGGCCGAAAUUGAUCGGAACGGCGUAUUCAACGCUACUUCCGGCUACUUCCGCAGCAUCCCAGAUGGAUUUCUCAUGUCCGCUGGAUUUGUUGAAGUAGCUCAAGAUAUUAGGGAGUUUGAAGUUUACCCGGAUGACACGUGGAUAUUGACCUUUCCCAAAUGCGGCACCACCUGGACACAGGAAAUGGUUUGGCUCAUCAACAGCAGACUGGAUUUUGCCAAAGCAAAAGAGCUUUCUCUAUUUGAACGAUUCCCUUUCAUCGAAGCUUCAGCACUCGCUCCCGAUUUCAUUGAGUGCAUUUCAGGAGGCACUCGGUGCGACAUUCGUGGCAGAAUCACAGAUGUCAAAAACAUGCAGCGUCCCAGAUUUAUCAAAUCGCAUUUUCCGCUCAAAUUUCUUCCCACGCAACUUUGGACUAAGAAACCAAAGAUAAUUUACGUUGCAAGAGAAGUGAAAGACGUGAUUGUAUCCUACUACUACCACAACAAGAUUUUUGACGGCUACAAGGCAAACUUGGAGACUUUUUGCAGGGCAUUCAUGAAAGAUGAAAUUUUGUAUUGCCCUUUUUGGGGCCACAUCACGGAGUUCUGGAAGCACAGACAUGAGCUUGGUCUGCUUUGGAUCAACUAUGAAGACAUGCAAAAAAACUUGGCUGAGGUGGCGAGAAAAGUUGCCGAUUAUUUCGGCAAGUCGUUCACCGAGGAGGAGGUGCAGCUUUUGUGCCAUCACUUGAGCUUCAAGGAAAUGAAAGCCAACAAAAGCAUCAAUGGCGACGAGGUUGUGAAACUUCUGCGCUCGAAGAAAAUCUGCAGCGACGGCGACUACGGGUUCAUUCGCAAAGGGAAAUCUGGCUCCUGGAAAGAAGAGAUUUCUGCAGAAUUGGCCAAAGAGGUCGAUGAAUGGUCUCUGACACAAAUAAGAGGGACUGAAUAUUUUAUCGAUGUGUUCAGUAAAAAAUAGUCAAGCAUGUGUAAUGCAUAGGAGCAAUAAAUUUCUCGUCCAUUGA